ACGACGCUCUUCGACACCGGUUGUCAGUAUACUUGUUCAUGGUGGAGUUGAGGCAUGUAAGAAGAUGAAAGAGAGCAUGGAAGGCUACCCUUGUAUCCCUGUUGUCAUUGUUAAGGGCAGUGGUGGACUGGCUGAUGUCAUUGUAGAUGCAUUAGCAGCAUACAACAAACUGAAAAAGAAAGGCCGCCUACUACGUUCCCAUAUAGAAUACUUCUUGUUGCAAAGUUCUCUUGCUGAACACUCCAUCAUUGUUCAUCUUGUUAAAGAGCUUGUGGAGACAUACAGUCACUUUAUCAUAGUUUACGAUCACAAACGAGACCCUUAUGGACUGCAUCGCGCAGUGAUUGAGAGUUGCAAAGUUCUCUCAGACCAUACUCCUUCCGUUGUCAAAGGAAUGAAGUUGGCUAUAAGCACCGGGGAUAUUAUGAAGUUCAAGAAUGAUAUCAUCAAGAGCGACCCCUGGGUGCGGAAAUCUCUCUUUUAAUUUUCGGUCAAGAAAGAAAAAGCAGAUUUCGUUAGAUUCUUAUUGAGCAAAAAUGAAGACUUGGAUGCCUUUGUUGAAACUGAGUUUCAGAGAUUAUGUCGAAAGAAACUUGAAGAUAAUGUGGUUUUUCAAGCGUUGAUGAAAGAGGAACUCGAUAAAGAAAAAAAGUACACAAAGAAAAAGAUUAAAAAUUUAAAUGUACAGGUAAACUAACCAUGCCAUUUUUCUUCUUUGGCAAUGGAAAAGCUGUGCACAUCGUCCUUCUUUAAAAAAGCUUUUACACAUUUCGUAAUUUAGAAAAAAAUUCAAAAUAAACAGCUAAAGGUAUUUGGUACUUUUCUUUGUUAAUGCUUGAAGCUAUCUUUACUCGACUGGUCAGUUGAGUCUUUCACGAAUCAGUUGACAGCAAACAUUUUUGAAUACCUAAGGAAAGCAAGAAACAAGACAUUUACACUGGCUGACUCUAAGGCACACAAAGACUUUGCCUUUUUAUAAUAUGUCAAGUAAUUAUCAUAUUUAUAAUUAUCAUAAUUAUCAUAAUUGUUAGUUUGUCAUCUACCAGAUUACUACUAGUUCAAGAAAAUUAUUUCGCUUGCUCAUUUCAACUCGUUGGCCAAAGCCAUAACAUAGAGCUUUUGAAGAGCAUGUAACACAAGAAGUUGUCAAAAACUUAGAAGAAGAGCCCUUUAAACUGCAAGCAAUUGGAGAUGAGAAUGAGAAUAAGACCGAAGAAGAAUCCCAAUUCAAACUGGAGUACUUUGAUACUUUGCUAGAAGAUUUGCUGGAUAGAGAUUUUGUUAGGUGCUUUGGAGAAGAAAGUUCGCACAGUGAAUUGCUGACGGGGACGCAAAAGAUGAUAUUCUGGUCAAUAUUCAGCAACAUGCCAAAACUGGUCGACUGCUUCUGGGAACACGAAAGCGACAAAGCAGUUGAAAAUGCUGUUAUCAUAUUCCGGGUAGCAAAAUCCCUCAGCAAUUAUACUGUCUUAAGUGAAACUGCAAGAAAAAGUUUCAAGAGCCUUUCUGAGGAAUAUGAAAAGCGAGCGGUCGAUGUUUUGACAUGCUAUUACCAGAGCGACACUGAAGCUGCCAUUGAUAUCGUUAAAAGACAAAUCCCAUUAUGGGGUAAUAAGAGCAUCUUAACCAUUGCUGCUAACAGUGGUUCUCGAGAAAUUGUGUCACACUCGUCUUGUCAGGAAUAUCUUACCGAUGUAUGGAAUGGAAAGACUAAAGAAGACAGCCAAAUAAGAGACAACGAAGAAGAAGAGAAAAAGGAAGACAACAAAAGGAAAGGCAUUGUCCAAAAUGACGAAAUUGAAAAACAGACCUGUUUAAAAUUGUUCAGAUUCUUGUUUCUCGUGCCUAAGGGGAAGCUUUUUCUUUAUGAGUUGAUGUUCACAAUAUUCUUGGGAUGCUUCUCCUUUAUCGUCCUCGUGAAGAAAGGCAAAUACCAUGAUCCGUUGAGGUUCACUGUAUUUACAAUUGUUACAGCCUUGGCUAUUGACGAAAUCCGGGAGGUUUUGGAGAUCAAAAAGGAUACAAUGUGUUUGAAGCUUAAAGAAUGGAUGAAGAGUAUUUGGAACAGGCUGGAUGUGAUUGCCCUCAUUCUUUCUUAUGUUGGUUUUGCAUUUGGGUUCUAUCAUCACAGAACAGCAGAAAGAUCCAUGAUGGCUGUCGAUCUUGUGCUAUGGGUUAUAAAAUUUGCACAAUUUUACAGAAUGUUCUACUCUCUUGGACCAUAUCUUAUCAUGAUUUAUAAAAUGAUAUUCCAUAUGGCUGGAUUCUUCUUGGUACUUGUCAUUGCUGUCAUUGCAUAUGGAAUCUUUAUGCACACACUCUUGUUCCCGGAUGUAACGGUUUCCUGGAAAAUUUUGUUUCAAGUCCUGUUCAGACCUUACUUACUUGCAUUUGGAGAGCUUGGAGUGGAAAAACACGAUCUCACCAAGGGAGAAACAAUUUAUGGGACACCAAAAGUUAGCGAAUCCACGGAGUUAAUUGUUGUCAUUGGAAUGUGCCUUUACCUUUUGUUGGCGAAUGUUCUCUUGAUAAACAUGCUAAUCGCAGUCUUUAACAAUAUAUAUGAAGAUAUCAAAGAAAAUUCGGACAAAAUAUGGCGAUUCGAUAAGACGACUUGAUUAUGGAGUUCGAGAGGAAACCAACUGCACCAAUUCCUUUCUCGAUAAUUCCAAACAUCAUCCGGAUUGUUUGGGCAUUAUUCGGAAAAAAGUCAAACACUGCAGAAGGUGCAGCACGUGAUGCACCUAGAUAUUCAGGCCAAUUGCGCGUUUGCACUUGUUGUAGCGAAAAAUGCAUUACUUUGAUUCCUGAUCAAAUAAAUUUAGAGGAACCUUUCAACAAUAGUGAAGAUUUGCAAGACUUUCAAUCAAAAUGCAUGUGGGAUUACCUCAGAGAAAGUAGUCAAAAAGCAUCGCUUAGUGAAGAUGUUUCUUCAAUUGUCAAAAGAUCUGACCAGCUCGCAAAUGAUAUGAUCGAGUUCAAUGAAAGACUGGACAAUUGCUUCGAGAUUCUAAUGAAACUUGAUCGAGGAAAUAGAAAUGGUGGAUCUAGCUGAAUUGUCACGUAUAUUAUUCUAUUUAACUAAAGAAACUGCUUUCAUUUUAUGUAGCAUUUAUUUUCGUUGCUGAUUUGCCAUGAAGCUAACAAUGAUAUUUUAAGAUAUGUCAAACAAUUUUUCGCUGUCAUUGCUGUCGUAGAUUAUUCUACUUUUUUAAUUGUAACCUGUACUAUUAAGUUUAAUGUUUUAUUUCAUAUUUGUACCUUGCUCAUACAAAGGCAAGGUGAUCUUGAUAAAAAACUUUUGAUUAAAGCUGCUUUUUAGUACACGUAUUCGCUUUUUCUACGUUAUUUUUUCUAUUCUGAUGCUUAAAAUUUAUUCUACUAUCAAUCUUGCACUAUUUCCUUGAUCAUAUGAAUUUGAUUAUUUCGGAUUAUUUGUAGAUGUCAGUAGAAAAAAAUUUAAAUAAAGAUGCAAUUGAAGCAUUCCUAUUUUUUAUACCUACAAAAAAACGGUCUUUUACCUCAGUUGAAUUCUUUUAUGUCACCUUUUACAAAGACGACGUUGAUGUUUCAAUUUGUGAUUUACCCUUAUAUAUAAAAAUCCCCAUUUAAGGUCUUUCUGAAAAAACGACUCAAAAAGCAUCAGUUGCCCACGAGAUAGAUAUUUAAAAAUAUAUUCAUACUGUAGCAAUCGCCCAAAUAUCAAGGUAAAGAUGAAAUUUUACUUCAAGAUUAAACACAUUUAUUUAAAGUUUGCGUCUAGUAACGAUACAUACCCGAGCCUUGUACGAUAAACAAAAUAAAACGAUAAGAAGCAACAAAUGGAAGAGAGGGUUACCUUUUCUAAACUUUUUCCUGCCAAGUAUCUUGAUGGAAAUUAAUCAGGUUUAUUUUCGUCUAUAAGACGCCCAGUGAAAUAGAAAAUAAACAAAUAUAUUAAGGUGCUAGGCUUUUUUAUUUAAGUUCACAGUCUAAGUUGAGUCUGUAAAACU